AGAGAAGAGACCAGUCCCGAAAGCAACUGCACCGGCGCAAAUAUCUGACCACAAUCCAAUCCAAACCAAACCAAACCCAAUCUCUACUCUAUCUCAGUUCACCACUAACAAUGUCGACGGCAACAAUCCAACCAUCAGCUGCAUUUUCAUCUGCAAUCGCCAAACAUCACCUGCCUCUCGGUUUCCGUUUCAACAAUGUCGUUCGAAUGCCUCAAAACAGCGCCGUUUUCAGAAGACGCAGCCAACGAAUUUCAAAGAUUGCAAUGUCUGCUGCCGUUUCUGAACCGCUUGAAAUUUGUGUCAAAGCUUCCGUCACUGUCCCUAAUAGACUCGGCGAUUGCCCAUUUUGCCAGAGAGUGUUGUUGACUUUGGAGGAAAAGAAUGUCCCUUAUGACAUGAAAUUUAUUGAAUUCGCUAACAAGCCAGAAUGGUUCUUGAAAAUAACCCCGGAAGGUAAAGUUCCUGUAAUUAAAUUUGAAGAGAAAUGGGUUCCGGACUCGGAUGUUAUUACGCAGGCACUAGAAGAGAAGUUUCCUGAACCCCCACUGGCAAUCCCACCCGAAAAGGCUUCAGUUGGCUCAAAGAUCUUCUCCACAUUUGUUGCUUUUCUAAAAAGCAAAGAUGCCAGUGAUGGAACAGAGCAGGCAUUACUCAGUGAACUAGAUGCUUUCAAUGACUAUAUCAAAGAAAAUGGCCCUCUUAUCAAUGGAGAAAAAGUCUCUGCAGCUGAUUUGGCUCUUGGACCUAAGCUGUACCAUCUGGAGAUCGCUUUGGGGUAUUUUAAGAAAUGGUCGGUUCCGGAGUCGCUCCCCUACGUCAAAUCCUACAUGAAGGCAAUAUUCUCUCUGGAGUCCUUCGUGAAUACACGCGGUCUCCCUGAAGAUGUCAUUGCGGGUUGGCGCCCGAAAGUGAUUGGUUAGUGUUUUUCAACUGCUGCUAUUCUCUCUUGAGGAAUGAAAACCUGUAGUUGAGGAUAGAUGAACUUGGCUAGGGUCAAUUCUACAUUUUUUUUUCCGGGACAUAUAUGAAGCUCUUCCAUGCUGUCCCGUGGAAUUUAUCAGCAAGUUCAAAACAAAAUGAGAAAUUUUCAAGCAGUAGUCAUGAAUCUUGUGUAUGUAAAUGAAGGAUCUAUAGAACUCGAUCAUCUUUAGACAUUUUUGUAUUUGUGUUUCUAAAGAUGCUUGCUGUAGAAUCUGUGGUUUCUCUAUAUUAAUCUGACUGAUCGUUGUUGCUUA